CGGCAGGCCGUGCGCCAAGGCCGUCGGCGGGACGGGAGCUGCCGCGCUGGCUACGAGAAGCUGUGAGAGAGUCGUCCAGUCACCGUUGGUUCAUGUUGAGAUCAUGGCCUCGUUCGUGACAGAAGUUUUGGCACACUCGGGGAGGCUGGAGAAGGAGGAUCUGGGCACCCGGAUCAGCCGCCUGACCCGGCGGGUGGAGGAAAUCAAGGGUGAGGUGUGCAAUAUGAUUAGCAAGAAGUACAGUGAAUUCCUGCCUAGCAUGCAGAGUGCACAGGGCUUGGUUACCCAGGUGGAUAAGUUAUCUGAAGACAUUGACCUGCUGAAGUCUAGGAUAGAGAGUGAGGUCCGCCGAGAUCUUCAUGUAUCAACUGCGGAAUUUACAGACUUGAAGCAACAAUUGGAAAGAGACUCAGUUGUACUAAGUUUGCUUAAACAGCUGCAAGAGUUUUCUACUGCUAUUGAAGAAUACAAUUGUGCAUUAAGAGAGAAGAAGUAUGUCACUGCUGCUCAUCGUCUAGAAGAGGCACAGAAAUGCUUGAAGUUAUUAAAAUCCAGAAAAUGCUUUGAUUUAAAAAUAUUGAAAUCUCUCAGCAUGGAGCUCACAAUACAGAAACAGAACAUACUAUAUCACCUUGGAGAAGAGUGGCAGAAACUGAUUGUAUGGAAGAUCCCACCAUCAAAAGAUACCAGCAGUUUAGAAUCUUGCCUACAAACGGAACUUCAUUUAUGCACUGAACAAUCCCAGAAAGAGGAGAAGAUCCCUAUGCCACCCAUCAGUUCUGUCCUCUUGGCAUUUUCUAUUCUUGGAGAACUACACACCAAGCUUAAAUCAUUUGGUAAAAUCAUACAGUCCACUGAAGAAUUUGAAAAUGCCCUGAAGGAGAUGAGGUUUUUAAAAGGAGAUACUACAGAUUUGUUGAAAUAUGCCCGUAACAUCAAUUCUCAUUUUGCUAACAAGAAGUGCCAGGAUGUGAUUGUGGCGGCCAGAAACCUAAUGACCUCUGAAGUUCACAACACUGUGAAGAUUACUCCUGAUUCUAAGAUAAGUGUGCCAGACUUACCCAGUCCUGAUGAGGAUAACAAGCUAAAAGUACAGAAAGCAUCCAAACCUCAGUACAAUGAAGUGGUGAAUUUAGAGCCUGAAAAUACAUUGGACCAACAUUCCUUUUCUUUGCCUGCAUGUCGCAUCAGUGAAUCUGUGCAGAAAUUAAUGGAACUUGCCUAUCAGACUUUACUAGAGGCAACGACCAGUAGUGAUCAAUGUGCUGUUCAACUUUUCUAUUCAGUGAGGAAUAUCUUCCAUUUGUUCCAUGAUGUUGUACCAACAUAUCACAAGGAGAACCUUCAAAAACUGCCCCAGUUGGCUGCCAUUCACCACAACAAUUGUAUGUAUAUUGCUCACCACUUGCUGACUCUUGGGCACCAGUUCAGAUUACGUCUUGCCCCCAUUCUUUGUGAUGGCACUACUACUUUUGUGGAUCUUGUACCUGGCUUCAGGAGACUUGGGACAGAGUGUUUUUUGGCCCAAAUGCGGGCACAGAAAGGUGAACUCCUGGAGAGAUUAUCAAGUGCUAGAAACUUUGCAAAUAUGGAUGAUGAAGAAAAUUAUUCUGCAGCAAGUAAAGCGAUCCGGCAGGUACUGCACCAACUGAAGAGACUUGGAAUUGUGUGGCAGGAUGUCCUGCCAGUGAAUAUUUAUUGCAAGGCUAUGGGGACUUUGCUCAAUACAGCAAUUUUUGAGAUCAUUGGCAGAAUCACUGCCCUAGAGCCAGUGAGCAAAGAGGUCAAAGCAGUGAAGGGUAGGAAGUGGGCAGAUGGAAAAGGGCCUCUGGCAACUGCAUUCUCUUCCAGUGAAGUAAAAGCUUUAAUUCGUGCCUUGUUCCAGAACACAGAAAGAAGAGCAGCUGCCCUUGCUAAGAUUAAAUAGCUCCAUCUUCUUGAGAAAGCUAUGACUUCUUGACUAUGUGGAUUCCUCCCUUGGCAUAAUUACUCCCUUAAAGACUUCUUGGAAUCACCCAUAGGUUCUGGUGAACCAAUAUAUCAUGGAAGUUUGGCUUGACAAGAAAACAUCUUACCUCCUGGCCUGUCUGAGGCUUUGUGUAAGAACUGGAUAUUAAGAUAAGUUGUCUAGUAAAGCACCUCAAUUCAUUGACAUUCUAGCCACCCUCUUUUGAUUAGAUGAGAAACUGUCAGGCAGCAUUAUUUCAUGCUGCUUCCAGCACCCACUGGGAACUACGUACAUUGUAAAUGUAGGCCCUGGCUUUGUAGCAAGGAAUCUGGGAGAUUCCAAGAGUCAGGGUAGAGAAUUUGUGAGCAAAUGGGAAAUAUUUUUUGGGGGAUGGACGUGGGAAGUAGGGAUACCAUAUUUAGCCUUGUGGGAAUUACGGAGACUUCUUGUAAUAUUUUUUCUUUCCAAUAAAUAAUGCUUUUUA